AUGUCUGAUCAGAAGGGAAAUACUAAACAAUUUUCGGAUUUCCAUUUGAAAGCCUUGUCAUCCAGUAUUAAAGAACGAAAACUUGUUUUCAAAAAUGUUUCAAAUGCUGUUAAAUCUAAUAUUUCUAAUGAGGUAUUGAAUAGUAUUACUGAAGUUUUACCAAUUGUUUUUAGUCGUUAUCAAGACCUAAAAUCACAGUCAUAUGUCAAAGAAUUUGUCAAAGUACUGAUGGUCUCAAAACCUGAAGCAUGUCUAAUUAAUUUUACUCCGAUAUUAGCUGAAUAUGUCAAUACAUUUCCUCAUUUAAAUAUAUCGAAUAAUUUAGCAAAAUCAGCUUUCUUUAUCUUGCAAGUUAUAAAUGUUAUUUUUAAAGUAUCAUUCAAAGUUUAUAACAUCUCACAUGCAAUUGAAUUGAAACAGCUUAUUAAACUUCAAGCAAUACUAAUACAUUUAGUAUCAAUAUCAAAAAAUAAACAAUUAUGCUUAAAAUCAUUUAAUGCAAUCAACGAUAUUUGGAUACAUGACAAAGGUACAUUAGAAUAUUAUGGAGAAUAUUUAAAAGAAAUUGAUUCAAAACCUUACUUACUGGUUAUUGAAUCAUAUUUACUUAAAUCAAUGGCAUCAAUUGAUAUGAAUCUUGCUAACAAAUAUAAGGAACCAUUUUUGGAGGUAUUUAUAAAAGAAGGCAUUGCUUGCAAAACACGACCAGAGCAAGAAUUUAUACGACAAUGUUCUUUUACUGUUAACUUAGUUUCAUGCGAUGAGUUCAAGUCAAAAUUGUUACCUCCCAUUUUAAAAUCAAUGCUUCGUAAUCCUGAAGUAAUAUUGGAGUGCAUUGCUACAGUUAUUUCUAGCAUAAAAGUAGAUUUAAGUGCUUAUGCUGUUGAAAUAACCAAAGGAUUUUCUGCUAAUAUUUAUUCUCAAAAUGAAAGAGCUAGAAUUGAGUCAGCUGAUUUAUGUAAGCAAUUGGCUUUAAAAUGUAGUGAUGCAACUGUGGUUUCUAAUAUAUUGAACUUGCUAUUCAAUAUUUAUCAUGGUUCUGAAGGAAAAUUGAGUACAUCAGAACAAAAAAUUAAUAUUCUACAAGCAAUAGGAAAUUUUAGCUUUAACACGGUAACUAAUGAUGAUAAUUCUCAGCAAUUAGCUGAGUUAGCCAUAGAUCAAUUUGUCAAAGUAUUAGAUAACGAAAUGCAUGAAAAAAUAUUGGUACAUGCCAUCCAAAUGUUAACUCUGUGGAGCUCAAAUUUUAAAAAAAGAAUACCCAAGACAUUAAUUAUGUGCUUUAUUAAAGGGUAUGAUAAAAAAUCAUCUGUAUUAUCUGUAAAAUUAUCGUAUGUGGAUUGUAUGAUAAAUAUUUUCAAAAAUGAAUACUCAACAUAUGCAGUUGAUGUCAUACCAUUGUUAUUGAAAUGUGUUGAAAAAUGUUCUCAAUCAUCUCAAGCUUCAAUUGUGACAGAAGCUUUAUAUGCUGCAUAUUUGUUAUUACUAAUCAUAAACAAAAACCCAACACUAAACAAUGAAAUUGGGUUUACCCCAUUAUGGAAUUUGGUCCUUAAUUCAGAUAAAGCAUUAUUUUUAAACGAAAAAUUUUUAUUUUUGUUUACAGAUGAUGUGUUGAAUAAAAUAUGCAUGUUCAGUUUGCUAGUGUUAGACAUGAAGUAUGAUCAAAUUAAUGGUCCUAUUGAACCAUAUUUAAGAUCAAUAAUUGUGAGUCUUUUGUCAAUUAAAUCAUCAGUCCGUAUACAAUCUAAAUCAAAUGUUUUAAAAGCUGUGUCAUUGUCUGGAGGGUCUAAAUUAGCUGCUUCACUGCUGAAUGCUAUUUCACAAUUUCUGGAAUGCAAUAAUGAUUUAGAAAUUAAUCCUAAACAUUUGGUAGAAACUAUUCUCAUAUUAUGCCAAAACAGUAAUAUUGGAGAAGAAGAACAAAAAAUCUUGGCUUUUGAAUCAUUGAAACCUUCACAUCAUCCUUUAAUUGAAUCAUAUGCUCCAAAUCUAUGGAUAAAAAUAGUUAAUCGUUUUCAACUAAAACCAUCAGUGUUUAUCAGAUUGUAUGAAAAAAAACUCAUGAAACUUCUUAUAGAUGAUUAUUCACCAACCAAAUGUAUGGAAAAUGUUUUAAGUACUGUGACCAAAAUUAAUGGGGAUACAGUUAUACCUGCAGUUAUUGAUAAAGUUAAACAACAGUUAGAAGAAAAUGAUAAAUAUAUUUGUGUAACAGAGAUCGAGUAUAACAUCUAUUUGUAUCCAGAAGGGGAAUUGUUCGAUAAAUCAAUUUUAGCGGAGAAAGAAAAUGAAAAUACCAUGAAUGUCAUAAAUAUGAAAAGAGAAAGUAAAGCUUACUCAUAUAAAGAACAACAAGAAGAAAUUAUGUUAAGAAAGGAAAUUGAAGCUAAAAAAAUUAAAGAAGGAAAACUUAAAAAACCAGAACUUUCAGCUAAACAAAAAGAAGCUAUAUCUUUGGAAUUAGAAAAAGAAGCAAAUAUAAGAAAUAAAUUGAAAAGUAUGAAUGAUGAAAUAUUGACUUUGGUUUCAAUGAUGAAAGGAAUUAUUGCUGGAAAUUCUCUCUUGGUUUCUCAGUCAUUAAGAUAUUUGAUACCAGGAAUUAUCUCAAAUUUACAAUCAAUUAUAGCUGCACCACACCUAAAAAAAUUAUUUAUAGAUCUAGCAUUUUGUGCUUUUCAUGCUGAUGAAACAAAAAAAACCAAAGUUGUAUCUAAAGUUAAUAAUGAUCGCAUUAAAUUAUCAGAUUCUCAUAUCAAUGCCAUAGCUUAUUAUACUCUUAGAAAGUUAAAGCCAAAAUGUAUGAUUGAAGAUGCCUGGUUAAAAGAAAAUAUUGAAAAAGCAACAAUGAGGCUCGUUAAUUUGUUUUGUGAUUUAACUAAAAAAGAGGGACAAGAAUUUACAUCCCCAUCAUUUUGUUAUUCCUUCACAUUGAUCAGAGCUGUCAUGUUGGAUUUACCUUUUGAUCAUGAGUUGGUUUAUGAUUGUUUAUUAUUGAUAAAAAAUCAAUCAACUGUUCGUCCCAAAGCAACUUCAAAAGCAAAAAGCAAUUCAGAUCUUCAACGACCUAAAUUUUUACCUCGUAUUGAAAUGUUUCAACUCUUGUCUGAAAUAAUUAGUCGUACAACAGGCGGUCUUCAGGACAAAGCUGUUUCAGCAUUUCUAUCAGUUGCUGAUAGUUGUUCUACGGACGAGAAAUGUGAUCCAGCUAGCCGAGAUGAAAUUUUAUGUUUAUUAUCGGCACUUCAAAAUCCAUCUCGAAAUGUAAGGUAUACAGCUAUUAAAGCCUUACAGAAAGUGGUUGAUGCUUUUCCAACAUCAAAAAAAGAUAAUCAAAUCAUAUUAAGAAUAACUAAAAGAAUAUGGAUUACCAAAUUUGACAUUUAUGAAGAGAAUAGGGAAUUAGCUAACGAGUUAUGGGAAUCUUCAAAAUUGGAAAUAAAAAUUAAUGGACUUCUAGAAAACUUAUUAGAAGACGUAGUUCAUCCAGUUGCUGAUGUACAAAAGGCAGUAUCUAUUGCUCUUUUUUCACUUUUAAAAGAUUCUCCUAUAAAUGCCACAAAUAUUGCAUUAAAAAAAUUACUCACUUUGUAUAACAGUAAAAUUAUGAAACCAGAAGAUAAUAUAGAAUUGGAUGAUUGGCAAGGUCGAGUUGGUGUAGCUAUGGCAUUGGAACAGUUGUCAUUAUUAUUAAGUGAUGAUAUGGUGAUACAAUUAGUAAAUUUUUUUGUUUCUACAAGUUUAGAUGAUAGAAACAAUGUUGUAAGAGAGCAUAUACUUAAAGCUGCAGUAGCUGUUGUAAAUUUACAUGGAAAAAAUAAUGUUGAUCGUCUUAUGAAUAUAUUUGAGAAAUUUUUAAAGAAAGCAACUUCUUCUGAAAGUUUUGAUAAUGUUCGGUUAGGUGUUGUUGUAUGCAUGGGAAAUUUAGCAAGACAUUUAGAUACUGAUGAUCCCAAAUUAAAACCUAUUACAAAUAGAUUACUUGAAGCAUUAUCUACUCCAUCUCAAGAAGUUCAAGAGGCAGUAGCCAAUUGUUUAUCACCCCUUAUGCCAUUAGUCAAAGAUGAUGCAUCAGCUAUAUUAAAGAAACUAUUAACCCGCCUUUUCAAUUCUGCAUCAUUUGGAGAACGCAAGGGUGCUGCUCAUGGAAUCGCAGGAGUCAUCAAAGGUCUGGGUAUUCUAAGUUUAAAACAGUAUGAUAUUAUGAGUACUUUAACUGAAGCUAUUCAAGAUAAGAAAAAUUAUAAAAAGCGUGAAGGUGCAUUAUUUGCAUUUGAAAUGUUGUGCUCAACUUUGGGUCGAUUGUUUGAACCCUAUAUUGUUCACGUUUUACCACAUUUGUUAUCAUGUUUUGGAGACAACAGUGAGUAUGUACGGACAGCCACCUAUGAUUGUUCAAAAGCAAUAAUGAGCAAGUUAUCAGCUCAUGGUGUUAAACUGAUCUUACCGUCAUUAUUGAAUGCAUUGGAAGGUGAUUCUUGGAGAACAAAAACUGGUUCGAUAGAGUUAUUAGGAGCAAUGGCAUACUGUGCACCUAAACAACUAUCAUCGUGUUUGCCUAGUAUUGUACCAAAAUUAAUAGAGGUUUUAAGUGACUCUCAUAUUAGUGUUCAAGAAGCUGGGGCCCAAGCUUUAAAAGUUAUUGGUUCUGUUAUACGAAAUCCAGAAAUUCAAGCUAUUGUACCAGUUCUUCUUGAAGCCCUUCAAAAUCCAUCAAAUAAGACUGCUCCUUGUUUACAAAUUUUGUUAAAUACUAAAUUUGUUCAUUUCAUUGAUGCUCCAUCACUUGCAUUAAUUAUGCCUGUAGUACAACGGGCAUUUAUAGAUCGCUCGACAGAAACAAGAAAAAUGGCCGCUCAAAUUAUAGGAAAUAUGUACUCAUUGACUGAUCAAAAAGAUUUGACACCAUACUUGCCAAAUAUUAUACCAGGAUUGAAAAAUUCAUUACUAGAUCCGGUUCCAGAAGUUCGGACUGUUUCUGCUCGUGCUCUUGGGGCCAUGGUUCGAGGCAUGGGUGAAACUAGUUUCCAGGAUUUAUUACCAUGGUUAAUGCAAACUCUUACAUCAGAAGCCAGUUCAGUAGAUAGAUCAGGUGCUGCCCAAGGUCUGAGUGAAGUUGUUGGUGGACUUGGUGUAAAUAAGCUACACAGUUUGAUGCCAGAAAUUAUUGCAACUGCAGAACGUACGGAUAUAGCCCCCCAAGUUAAAGAUGGUUAUAUCAUGAUGUUCAUAUAUAUGCCAGGUGUAUUUAACGAUGAUUUCAUUCCUUAUAUAAAUCAAAUAAUUACACCUAUUUUAAAAGCUUUGGCAGAUGAAAAUGAAUUUGUUCGAGAAACUGCGUUAAAAGCAGGUCAACGAAUUGUAAAUAUGUAUGCUGAAUCUGCAAUACAACUACUCUUACCUGAACUUGAACGUGGUUUAUUUGAUGACAAUUGGCGUAUCCGAUUUAGUUCUGUUCAAUUACUUGGUGAUUUAUUAUAUCGCAUAUCUGGUGUGUCUGGUAAAAUGAGUACUGAAACUGCUAGUGAUGACGAUAAUUUUGGCACAGAACAUUCUCACAAGGCUAUUAUUGGCACCUUGGGAGCGGAAAGACGUAACCGGGUACUGGCUGGUUUAUAUAUGGGUCGUUCUGAUGUUGCAUUAAUGGUUCGCCAAGCUGCUUUACACGUAUGGAAAGUAGUUGUCACUAAUACUCCACGUACUUUAAGAGAAAUAUUGCCAACAUUAUUUACACUACUGUUGGGAUGCUUAGCUAGUACUAGUUUUGAUAAAAGACAAGUAGCUGCAAGAACGUUAGGAGAUCUUGUGAGAAAACUAGGAGAACGUGUGCUACCAGAUAUAAUUCCCAUUUUAGAAAGAGGUCUUGAGUCUGAACAGGCUGAUCAACGUCAAGGAGUUUGUAUUGGCUUGUCAGAAAUUAUGGCAUCUACUAGUAGAGAUAUGGUAUUGACCUUUGUAGAUAGCUUAGUGCCUACUGUCAGUCGAGCUUUAGCAGAUCCCUUACCAUCUGUAAGACAAGCUGCUGCUAAAACAUUUGAUAGCCUUCAUUCAACUGUGGGACAUCGAGCAUUAGAUGAUAUUUUACCAUCCAUGUUAAAUAAUCUGAAUAACCCAGAUUCAGAGAUCGCUGAGAGAACUUUAGAUGGAUUACGCCAAGUGAUGGCAGUUAAAUCCAGAGUAGUUUUGCCAUAUUUAAUACCUCAACUGACUCAACCACCUAUUAAUACAAAAGCUUUAUCAAUUUUAGCCUCAGUUGCCGGAGAAGCUCUUAACAAAUAUUUACAUAAAAUAUUACCUGCUUUAUUAACUGCACUAUCUAAAACUGAAUCAUCUGCUGAGGAACUAGUAUAUUGUCAAGCUGUUGUGCUAGCAGUUUGUGAUGAUGCCGGAACUAUGGUUGAUUUACUAUUAGAUGCCACACAGGCAGAAAAUGUUUCUCAAAAACAAUCAGCAUUACAAUUAUUAGCUGUAUUUUGCACACAUACAAAAGCAGAUUAUAGUUCGUAUGUUCCUAAACUUUUACAUGGAAUAAUUUAUCAAUUUAAAGAUCAAGAUGAGAAAAAUUUACAACUAGCUUGGGAAGCUUUGAAUGCUGUUUGCAAAUCUGUUGAUACAAAACAAAGUAAUCAUUUAGUAUUUGAAAUACGUCAAGCUAUAAAAUUUGUGAUGAGUGAUUUCAAGCAUUUAGAAUAUCUUCCAGGUUUCUGCAUACCAAAAGGAGCUGAUCCAUUUGUACCAAUAUUUAGGGAAGCAAUUCUCAAUGGUAGUCCAGAAAUCAAAGAGCAAGCUGCUCAAGGUUGGGGAGAAGUUGUUAAAGUAGCUGCAAAGGAAGGAUUAACUUCUCCUGUAUUAAAUAUGACUGGACCACUCAUUCGUAUUUUAAAUGAACGCUAUACAUGGAACAUAAAAUCAGCAAUUUUAGAAACAGUUGCUUUAUUAUUAGCCAAAGCUGGUAGUAAUUUAAAACAGUUUUUACCCCAGUUGCAAACAACAUUUUUGAAAGCAUUACAAGACCCAAAUAGACAAGUUAGGCUUAAAGCAGCCAACGCUCUAAGCCAUCUUAUUGUUGUACAUUCUCGCACAGAAACAAUUUUUGUUGACCUUCAUUCUGGAGUAAAAAAUUCAGAGGAUAUAACCAUUAAAGAAACAAUGCUUCAAGCUUUACGUGGUGUUAUUUCACCAGCUGGUGAUAAAAUGUCAGAUCAGGUUCGAAGAACUGUAUUUAUGACUUUAAGAGAAGGAUUAGGAAACCCAGAAGAUACUAUUAGAAGUGGUACUGCUGGUUGUCUCGGUGCUUUAUGUAAAUGGUUAUCUCCUGAACAAUUAAACGUUGCUUUAAAUGAUCAUAUUUUAAUUGAUGAUCCUUCACUAGAUCCAAUAUUGAGACAUGGUAGAAGUUCAGCAUUGUUUGUUGCUCUUAAAGAAUCCCCAGACACAGUUUUUAGUUCAUUAUAUAGUGAUAAAGUUAUAAAAACAAUUUUAUGUCAUUUACAAGCUGAUAAGAUUUCUAUUGUGAUGAAUGGAGUUAGAAGUUGCGGAUAUCUAUUUUUACACAUAAUGAAUAUUCGUUCAAUAAUACCUUCACAGCUUUUAAGUCCAUUUACCAGAUUAAUGAAUCAAUCCAGUAAUGAAGUUAAGCAGUUAGUGGCACAUAUCUGUUCAUAUUUAGGAAAGUCUGGUGUUACUAUAUCUCCAGAAUUUCAAAAGGCAACCAUACCAAUGUUAGUAAAUGGAACUAAAGAAAAAAAUUGUUAUGUAAAAUCUAAUAGUGAAAUAGCUCUAGUUGCUGUUCUCAAAUUGCAACAAGGCGAUGCAACAUUGCAGGCUUGUUUGAAUUUACUGGAUACUGGUGCUCGUGAAGCACUAAAUGAUGUUAUAAAUAAAGUAUUACGUAAGGUUUCAACUCAGAUGGACACCAAAAUUGAAGAGCUGGAUGAUACAUUAAUUACUUGA